AAAAAAUCGGAUUUGGAGGAGAUCGUGACGAUAGCGUGAAGCAUAAACGCACCUUUAGAAAUUUUAUUACCGUCUACCAACCAUGUCGGAAUUAAAAAGCUCAGUUUUCACCGUAAAACAACCCUUGGCGAAGGUUCGGAAACUAAAGUACAAGUUGAACUCAUUGGAUGACUUUAUGUUUUCGCAUUAUCAUUUCCUAUUGGAAAUUUAAUUUAGAUUUUGAUCACAUCGAAUUAUUGAUCCCUCACUGGCAGGACAAGAUCCGGUCCAUGUUCCAGAAAUUUGAGGAGGUGGGGAAGUCAAAAGAUCAUCUACAAAAGAUCGAGCUCCCAUCGGACACGGAUAUCGCGAAAGCUGAGCGACUUAGCAUUAAUCAAAAAAGUGGUUGGUCGGGUGGGAAACGUCCCCUACAAAAGAAAAAAAUGAAGGUAGCCGCUGUUCUUCGGGAGAAGGCUUACUAUGAAAAAAUUGUGUGCAGCACAGAAGACUGGAUUUUGAAAGCUUCCAAGCAGAAAGCCAUGAUUGAAAAGCUGAAAGUAAAAAUAAGAUUAAUAAAGCGGAUAAUGUGCACGCUACACCAUAAAAACGGUGUUCGCUUCGACGAAGAGCCGCUCAAGGGAGUUUUUCCAGACGGCAUUCCCGAAGAGAGCAACGCCGAAGCUUCUGAUGUUACCAGCAGCAAAGAUGAUGACACCGAAUACGAUGGAUCCUCUUCAAGCGAGGAUUUUGAAGACGAGAGUGAAUUUGACAGCAGCACGGACCAUGAGUCCGAGCCAGGUAAAAAUGGGUCGUCAUCCGUUGACCAAAGUAUAGUUCCACCCAAAGCGUUGGUUUCCAGUAAAACAAGUCAACAACAAGGAAGUGGCUCAAAUGCUAAAAUGACGCCCCAUCAUCAGAACGUUCCCCAUGAAAUCCACACAAUCAGUGUUGCAAAUAAAGAUAGAUCACCAGGGGAAAGUUUAGAUUCUGGGUACAAUAUUGCAAGUACCGUUGCAGAAUUUGUUAAAGAUCGAGCAUGCCAGACAGAAUUUGUAGAUGUUGAUAAUGAUCUUGAAUUUUACGACGGUAAGCUAACAUUGUUUUCUGGAAAACUGUAAUGAGUUUUUGUAUUUAUUAGUAGAUGAAGACGUGGAAUUGUGUCAAGUCAUUGAUUUCCAGUAGCAAAACUUUUCUGACAAAAGAAAAGUUAAAUACUUAGUAGGAUUAUAAGUAUUUUAUUGUAUUAUCGUCACUUAUUGUGCGCAUAAUUUAUACUAAUUAUUGGGCAUAUUCUGCCUUAAAUUUUGAGUAUAU